AUGACGCGCGUCAACUCAAUCCUCGGCUUCAAGCCCUUUCCGGUUACACUCCUCACUGUGAUCACUUACGUCUCGUUAUUUUCUGCCCUCUUAUAUAUCGAUAGGCAACCGCCGGCAGUGGCGAAGAAGGGAGAGCUAGACUACUGGGGAGUAGAUGUUGAGGAAGCCUGGAGUGAUUUGGGGGUAUUGACGAGGAAGUUCCAUCCGUAUAACAGUCGACCGAAUGAUGAUGUUAGAGCGUACCUGCUGGAGAGGAUCCAAGGUAUACUGAGUCGGAACGGAGUCGCAGGCUUCGGGAAUGAACUCCAAUCGUCCGGCGAUGGGUAUUCGGGAACGGUAGAUCUAUUCGAUGACGGAAUCCCGGGAAAGCCCGGUAGUAACGUUACGUUUGCCGGCACUGGGAGGGAAGAUCUUACGGUAUCGCACGCCCCCGUUCCCGACCCGUCCGAGCGGUGUGUGGCAGAAACUGACAUCUGUGAUGACAUCACAAUAGGUAUACUUUGAAGGAACAAAUAUAAUUGUUUAUAUUCAUGGAGAUCGGCCCGCCGACGAAUUGUCACCCGUCCUUGUCAGUGCUCAUUAUGAUAGCGUCUCCACUGGCUAUGGUUUGUACCUACUCUCAACUUGCAAUUUUCCCGUACUGCCAUGCAUCGAAUAAUCGCCACAUAUCCACCCGCAGCACCCAAGUGUAGAAAUUCUCUGCAUUACACACUAUUUUUACUUUACACAUUGCUCCUGCGAUGGUCAAUUGGCUGGAUGUUUGCUGAAUGAUUGGCUUGUUUACCUCAGGUGCAACCGACGAUGGUACUGCCGUUGUCUCGAUUCUUCAAAUCAUCAAAUCGUUUACUCGCCCCGAAAGCCAAGGGGGGAAGAGACUUAAGCGUGGAUUAGUAGCCUUGUUGAAUAAUGGAGAAGAGGAUUAUUUGGUUGGUAGAACUUAUUGCAAUGCCUUAAAGUGUGCUCACUGAUGUUCUGGGGAUCUAGAACGGAGCAAGAGCAUUUGCCAUGCAUCCUGUGGCCAAACUACCUCGUACGAUAUCACUCCCCAUGUCUCAGCUAGGCCGCAGGGGCGCUCCUGAGUUGCAAUUACUAACAGAUCUGGGGUUUCAGAUUCGUUUUUGAAUUUGGAAGGCGCCGGCGCUGGUGGAAGAGCAACGCUCUUUAGAUCCACUGAUGCCGAAGUGACGAAAUAUUACAAAAAAGCAAAAAGACCUUUCGGAACUAUUGUUAGCGGUGAUGGCUUUAAGGCCGGACUAAUCAGGUAUAAUAUUUCAUUCUCAGAGAGACGGAUCGGGAAUUAAUAAAAACAUUUCUCCUACGUACAGGAGCAAUACAGAUUACUCUGUUUUCGUUGGGAAUCUCGGAAUGAGGGGUCUCGAUGUAGCAUUCUAUCAACCCAGGAGUCGGUACCACACUACGGAGGAUGACGCCAGACACUGUAGGUUUUCUCCACGACGGAAUUGCGCAGAAACCCACUGACGUCGGCUACAGCAAGCAAAAGGUCACUUUGGCACAUGCUUGGCGGGUCUUUGACCACGCUACGAGCCAUGACUGAUGAUCCCAGUAAAGUCUUCGAUCCACCGAACGGAGGCGCAGGGAAAGGUCACAACGCUGUUUGGUUUGAUCGUAUGGCUCCGGCCGUAUCCCCAAGUUCAGGUCAAUUCUAACAACCAUCAGUCUUCGGUCGAGCUUUCCCAGUACUUCGUCUAGAUACAGUUUUCGCCUUCACCAUCACGUUGAUUGCCGUUCCCUUUGUUGCAAUAGUAGUAACCAUGUGGGCUCUUGCCCAUUCCGACAAGUUUUACUUUUUUUCGAACACAGCCUAUAUAUCACCCCCGCCAGAACACUCUAUCGCUUCGAGAACGACCCAGGGAUGGCGCGGGGCACUCCGUUUUCCAGUGGCGUUCGUCGCAGCUAGUGCUGGUGUUGUGGGAAUGGCCUUCCUAAUCAAUAAGCUUAACCCAAUGGUUGUCUAUUCCUCACAAUAUACCGUUUGGAUUUGCUUCCUAUCCACCUGGUGGAUCAUCGCGUGGGUGAUCCUCCGGGGCGCAGAUGCAGUUAGGCCUACGGCGUUAGCUAGAGGAUAUGUGUUUCUUGAGCAAUGGUUGCUGUGGUUAGUGGCUAUGAUUGGUGUUGCCCUAAGUAUCGGGAAGUCGCAUUUGGGCAGCGGAUACUGGGUGCUCUUCUUCUACUCCGGAUUCUUUAUUUCUGCCUUUAUCUCCCUUUCAGAGAUGGCCGCACUUCAAAGGAAGAGUGAAAUCAACGUUGUUAUCAGUGGGGGAGAUGAUCGGGCAUUUCCUUCGGAAGAACAUUCUCUGACUGGAGCGUCCGAGAAUGUCUCUAAUCUUGCCGCCAACGACGAUGACGAUACCACCGAAAUUGCUACUGAAGAAACUCCGCUUUUUCGUGGACCUAAUAGGCCGUUGUCAUUUGCUCCCCAUAGGAGCCCCCGUUACGGCAGUGGUGACCACUAUACUGGGGAAAUCCCUGUUGAGGAGAAGGAUGAGGCGGUUUAUGGGGAUGAGCAAGGGUGGAGCAAGGAUCUACCAUCAUGGACAUGGAUUUUACAAUUCUUGGUGACAGUACCUUUGCAACUAGUAUUGGCUGGCUCAGUGGCACUCCUCUUGGGAAAUGCGCUAGCACAGACCGGGGCUGACGGAAGUAGCAUGCUUACGGUAUUAUUGGGCUUUGGAAUAUUUUCUAUAAUUCUGUUUCUACCCGUGACACCCUUUUUGCACCGAAUCACCUACCACGUCACGUUGUUUAUAUUUGUCGUCUUCAUUGGGACGUUCAUCUACAACCUAGUAGCAUUCCCUUUCUCUCCAAACGCGAGAUUGAAGGUUUACUUUCAGCAGACAGUAGAUCUUCAAACAGGAGAAAACAAUGUCCAUCUCGUCGGGCACCCGGAUUACAUCGACAGAAUUGUCUCAGAAUACAUUCCUAGCGCAGAAGGCAAAGUUGACAUAUGUCAAGCCGACAAGCUCAAGCUUGGACUACGCAGAUGUUCCUGGAAGGGGAUAGCACCAAGGGUCGUGCCACAAGCGCCUAGUGGUGUGCCACCUAAGCACGGCUUCAGUGAUUGGAUCUCUUACAAUAUCUCCAAGACCGAAGACGGGAAAGCGACGAUAACACUUUGGGGGAGAAAUACCCGGGCAUGCAAACUGCUGUUUAACAAGCCAGUCAAGGUCGAGGUUCUGAACGGCCAUGGGGAGCAACCCGCAGAUGGCAACUUAAGCGGGCCCAACGGGCAGUAUGAUGGACAGUCAAAACUUGCCAAAUCCCCAACCCUCGGUAACCCCAUUCCGGGAUUCCCGAAUACUAGAGAGUUGCGGCUCUGGAGUAGGGAUUGGGAGCGAGGAUGGAGUGUGGAGCUCACUUGGGAAAAGGGAGAUCAGGAGGAGGACGAGAGCAGUGAUUCGCUAGUCAUGUCUCCUACUAACAAGGUCGCAGCUACAGAGCUGAGGUCGGUGAGGAAGAAGCGAAGCAUUCACAAUGGUGAAGACGGAGGCAGCGGCGAUUCUAAAGGAGGUUUGGACGGUAGAGUUGUUUGCCUGUGGAGCGAUGGAAACAAGGUUUCUGACGAGAUUCCUGCACUGCACGAAAUAAGGAGAUAUCUGCCGGUUUGGGCUAUAGCUAGCAAGUUGGGUGAGUUGUCAUUUUCUCUUCCCUCGAAAAGUGGAAAAAGGGUGUACCUGGGGAGAAUUCGGAUUGGGUUGAAAUUCUUAACAACCGGUUUUUGAAUGCUAAUUGAGAUGCGGGGAUUUUUUUGAUUUUUAGCGGAUGGGCUUGUGGAAGGAUCUGUUCCCUUCAUGAUUUGAUUCGAUUCGAUAGGCUGCUAUGAUAUGGUAUGAACCAGUCAACCUAUCGGAUAGAGGGCGGCUGUGCGGUCGGUGUGCCUUUACUUCUUUUUUUUCUUUUUCUUCUCUCUUUGCUAGUCUAUUCGGGAAAAGGAAGCCCGAAGCGGGCAUAGACUAGACAUGUACGGUGGUGGACUUUCCGUAUACGGUAAUUUUAUGUGGGAAUCUCGGCAAGGGUUCGUUCAAGCGCAGGUUAAAGUUGACCUUUAGGGAACAGCUCGUGGGUGGGACAGACAGGGUCAAUUACAUGCUUUUCGUUAUUCCCUUGCUUGCAUCCGCAUUUGAUGGGAUUCCGGCCCUUUUUUUCCUUCUUUCCUACCUUUUGCGCGUGCGGGGGGGGGUAGGCACCGGUAUGGUAUGUAUGGUACGUGGUACGUGGGUAGAUCUGAACGGAUUGAAUCAAAUAGGACUUGAUUAAAUUGCGUUCAAAAUGUUCCUCGGAUACAAAUAUACAUUCAUGCAU